AUGUAUACUAGUCGAGAAGAUAUUGGAUAUGAUUUUGGAGAUGACUCAAAAGAUGGAAGUAAGACAAUUCAGCCUAAUCCAAACAUCGAUGGAGGAUGGGCUUGGAUGAUUGUACUUUCCUCUUUCCUAGUACACAUUCUUAUCAUGGGGUCCCAAAUGGCCCUUGGAAUACUCAACAUGGAAUGGCUGGAAGAAUUUAAUCAAAGUCGAGGCUUAACUGCAUGGGUUAGCUCCCUUAGCAUGGGCAUUACACUUAUUGUAGGUCCUUUCAUUGGUUUAUUCAUUAGCAUGUGUGGGUGCCGCAAGACAGCAAUAAUUGGAGGGAUACUAAAUGCACUAGGUUGGAUACUGAGUGCCUAUGCCUCUAAUGUGCACUACCUCUUCAUUACAUUUGGAGUGACAGCCGGUGUUGGAAGUGGCAUGGUUUAUCUACCUGCAGUGGUCAUGGUAGGACAGUAUUUUCAGAAGAGAAGAGCACUUGCACAGGGACUCAGUACAACAGGAACAGGGUUUGGAGCUUUCUUAAUGACUGCUUUACUGAAGUAUCUUUGUGUGGAAUUUGGAUGGAGGAAUGCAAUGUUCAUCCAGGGUGCGAUCUCUCUGAACCUUUGUGUCUGUGGGGCACUCAUGAGACCACUUUCUUCCAAAGAGGUUGUCAAUGAAAAGUAUGUUGUGAGAAAUAAUGAUGACGUUCAUCAUGCAAAAGCUCUGUCCCAUUCCACAGAAACUAUAAAAUCUAAUGGAGUCUUAAAUGAAGAACAGGAAAAAAGAGAAGAGGCAGCAAAUGAAGAAGUGCUUGACAGUGUUCAACACAUAGAAAGUGGAGGUAAAUCUAGAAGUGGAAAGAAUAUGUAUGGACUGUGCAUUCUUAAGACAGUGAGCCAGCUGACUGUUACAGUCAGGAAGGGGUUUGGAAUAUGGUACUCCAGUUACUUUGGAGCUGCAUCACUGUUUACCAAUAGAGUGUUUGUGGCCUUUAUAAUUUGGGCUUUGUUUGCCUAUAGCAGCUUUGUCAUUCCCUUUAUUCAUCUUCCAGAAAUAGUCAAGCAGUACAGCUUAUCAAGUCAGAAUAAUAUAUUUCCUUUGACAUCAAUUAUAGCCAUUGUUCAUAUAUUUGGUAAAGUGAUCCUUGGAAUCGUCUCCGAUUUACCUUGCAUCAGCACUUGGAAUGUCUUCCUCAUGGCUAACUUUACCCUGGUCACCUGUAUUCUUAUUUUGCCAUUAAUGCAAACAUACAUUAGUCUGGCUGUGAUUUGUGCUCUAAUAGGAUUUUCUAGUGGCUAUUUUUCACUUAUGCCUGUUGUGACUGAAGAUUUAGUUGGAACUAAACAUCUUGCAAAUGCCUAUGGCAUCAUCAUUUGUGCCAAUGGAAUAUCUGCAUUGCUUGGACCACCCUUUGCAGGUUGGAUCUAUGACAUCACACAAAAAUACGAUUUUUCUUUUUACAUAUGUGGCUUGCUAUACAUGGUGGGAAUAAUAUUUUUACUUAGCCAACCUUGUAUUCAAAAGAAACAACCAAGAGAAAAAUCUACAGAAGAAGCACAAGUAUAG